GAGUUCUCAACUCUGGGAGGAGCACAGCUGGGUAUUGCUGAGCACUGACUGCGCAGAUCGAAAACGCUGCCAACUGUCUCGCGCACCUGUCACCUCCGAGUCAUUAUGGUCAGCGCCAUGGCCGCACGAAUCAAGCCGUAUGCCUGGCUGUGCCGUGCAGCUGGCGUUUUCUUCAUCAGAAAUCUUCAGAGCGGAAGCCCAAAAGACUGGACGGUCAGCUUGAAGUCCUGGUACACCCUCUAUUCAGUCGGCUGUCUCCUGACCUUUGCACUUGCCGAGCUCUACUUCGUCGCCGACAACACAGUCCGCCUCUACGCCACAGUUCGUACCUUCACGAAGUCCCUCGUGUUAGUAAUCCCGAUGGUCGUGGCCUUCAAGGUUGUCGUGAACAUCGCAAGCGCCGUGUCCGGCUCGUGGACUAUGCUGGAGUUUUUCAAGAUGUCGGCGGAACACGAGAUGAGAGCAGCGUUCGAUUGGAAGAAGUAUCAAUGGAGGUGUCGCCUCAGCUACGCUUUGAGAUUCUUCGUGGCAAUCUUCUUUUUCGCGCACCUGGUUGCCAACGCCAACAUCACCAUCAGGCUUCUCAACGUCGAGGGCUACUCGUUCCUCGAGUUCGUGCUGAAGGGUGCCAUGCUUCUGUUCAACUUUCUCUUCUUCAUGUACGACAUGUUGCACUUCAUCAUUCUGAGACCCUGUUGCGAGGUUCUCAUCGGCUACGUUCGCCAGGAGCAGGACACACUCAAAAGAAUUCUCGGGAUAGGCGAGAAACCGACCUUCAAGAUCACGACGUUCAACACAGAGUUGGACCGGGUGAGGCUGAACGUUUCCUCAAUCGCAAAUCUGAGGAGAGUGCUCAACUCGGCCUGGCAGUUCUCAAUUACGGCUUCCGCUGUAGUCCUCUUGAUUGUGUCAUGCAUAUGCGUCUACAGCGCGUUCGAUGAAGGUGUCCCUACAGACCAGCUCCUGCUCACCAUCUCGUACUGCGGCUAUGCCACCAUCGACUUUGUGGAUGUUGCACGGCUUAGUCAGAGGAUGGCAAACGAGACACUAAAGCUUAAGGAGAGCCUUAUGAAGGCUUCUGUAUUCCAAGACUCACCUGUGGAGUUCCGUCAGGUUGCAUAUCUGCGCAGUUCCAUUCGGCCAAGCGAAAUGUUCCUGAGUGGUGGGAACUUUUUCAAGCUAAACAUGUCACUUCUUGUAUCGCUUGCAGGGUCCCUCAUCACAUACUCCGUCAUCUUGGUGCAAACAAGCGACAGCGUGGAGCAUAUGACGACAGCGAGGUCAUGCCAUGGCGCCUCAUGAGCGCCGUGAAUAUGUAACAGCAUACGCCACAGUUUCGCGAAAGUUAAGAUCUUCAAUUAAAUACCUAGACAGUAAGCCAGCUAAUCUGC